CAUGAUAAUAUUUUAUAAGAAAAUAAAUACUGGUGGACAAGUCCAAAAAGCCCAAGUAACACAGGCAAAGCCGAGAAGAAAAUAAAAAGAAGACAAAGGAGUUGUGAAGAGGUGUCCCGAUGAGAAGUCUUUCGUCUAUCUGUGUGAGCGAGUAAAAGAGAGAUAUGGAUGAUUCCUGCCUGAGGAUAAGAAAAAGGCUGCCUAAGAUCUGAUGCUCAAAUCGAAUUAUUAGAGACAGACGAGACGACGAGAGAUACACAAAAGAUGUUCCCGUUCAAAACAAGAAGAACAUUGAAAAGACAUCGCGAAGAAUUGCUGCGUCUCCCAGAGGAUGUUGUAGAGCUGAUACUUGAGAGACUUCCGGUGAAAUCACUGCUGAGAUUCAGGACCGUGUCCAAGAAGCUGAAAUCUGCAAUCGAUUCCCGACGUUUCCAGGAAAGACAACAGUUGAUCCAUAUGUCACGAGGUCCAGACAUCCUUUUCGUGUCCACUAAUGUUUAUGAUGAUGAUGGUCGUCUCGUCAAAAGAGUUAAUGAUUUAGAUGCUCGAAGAUUUGCGUUUGGAUCAUCAUCUGCUUAUACGGUCCAUGUGCCUACUAACUGGGGGGGCACUUCGGUCUGUCAUAGUAAUUGCGACGGUCUAUUAUGCCUCUACUCUAUCUACAACCCGAGUGUCUGCGUCGUGAUGAAUCCCGCCACUAGAUGGCGUCGAACUUUCCCUCUCUCCAACAUUCAAAACCUCUUACUCCACAGGUUGUACAAAGGCACCCCAACUCCUAAGCUUGGUUUCGGUAAAGACAAACUCACCGGCACUUACAAGCCUGUUUUUCUAACCAACUCAUCCAGUUUUGGCCUAGACAACGUCACCACUUGCGAAGUUUUUGAUUUUACCACUCAACUCUGGAGGUACGUUCACCCUACUUCUCCCUUCACCACUAAUCCUCACACCGAUCCCGUUUAUUUAGAUGGCUCCCUUUACUGGCUCACCGAUUGUGAACAAGAACCCAAGGUUUUGUCUUUUGAUCUUCACACUGAAACUUUUCAUGUCAUCUGUGAUGCUCCCUUUGCCCAUGUUCUUGACCCUUGGUCCGUCACCAUCUGCAUCCUCGACAAUCGCCUUUGCGUUUCCAAGAAAGCCUGGCCUACCCAAGACAUAUGGUCCUUCCAAUAUUCCAACAAGACAUGGACUAAAAUGUGUUCCAUUGAUCUCACCCAAACUUUUUCUUGGCUUGGGGAUCCCGAGUGGUCUCUGGAACCUAUUGCAAUUCUUGACAAGCACAAGUUGCUACUCCAAGGUCGUGAUUACCGUGGCGCCAUCUUCAUACUUGAUCUCCUUACCAACUCUUAUCACUUACUCGUCAAGCCUUCCUAUUCCCCUAUUUCCGUUUGUUAUUCUCAAUCUUUGUUUUCGGUUUAAUUUUAUUGUCUUGUGUAAUUUCACAUUUUAAAAAGUUUAUCUUCUAUGCUUUUAUCCUCCAUCAUUCCAAAAUCUGGAAACUAGAUUUUGUAUCCUUCACAACUAAUUAUCAAUUGUAGCGUGUGUUCCUAGAAGCUCCUUUAAUUUUCAUUACGAUUUUACA